AUGGAGGACGAAUACUUUGACCACAAUGAGAAGCGAUACGUCUCUCAGGAUGCCCCAAAGCGCAUAAAGCAAAUCCAGUUCAAGCCGUUCGCGCCCAAGGACAUUGUGCGCGUCUCCGAGGUCGAGGUUACGAUCCCAGAGCUGUACAAGAACCAUGAGGACGGUUCGCGAACCACGGCCCCGGGUGGCCCGUUAGAUGCCCGCAUGGGCCCAAACGAGAAGGGUGGAACUUGCCCAACCUGUCACGAGGACCACACGCACUGUGUUGGCCACUACGGCUACAUCAAGCUUGCGCUGCCCGUCUUCCACAUUGGAUACUUCCGUCCCACUAUCAACAUGCUGUCGUGCAUCUGCAAGACCUGCGCGCGAGUCUUGUUGCCUGUGGAAGAACGCAAGGCGUACCUGAAGCGGUUCCGUCGUCCAAAGCUCGAGAUGCUCCAGCGACAGUCUGCCUCGAAGGGUGUUCUCGCCGCGUGCAAGAAGCAGACCACCUGCCCUUACUGCUUUGCCCCGAACGGUAUCGUCAAGAAGUCGGGCACGCUCAAGAUCUCGCACGAGCCGUACCGCUCCAACAAGAACGCCGAUGCCAAGCAGGAGUGGAUGCAGAACUUCAAGACUGUCAUUGCGGAACAAGGUGCUAUCGGCACCCACCUGAGCAAGUCGGUCGAGGACCUCAACCCCUUGAAGGUCCUGGAAUUGUUCCGUCGAGUCACUGCUGAGGACGCCGAGCUCUUGGCCCUUCACCCGGACAUUGGACGGCCAGAAGAUUACCUGUGGACCUACAUCUCGGUUCCUCCACCCUCCAUCCGUCCUUCGGUCGCCUCCGAGUCGGGCAACAACGAAGAUGACCUGACCGCCAAGCUCGUCGAGAUUGUCAUUCAGAACCGUAUCCUCCUGUCGGUCAUGGAGAAGGGCCAAGGUCUGCAGCAGACCCUUACCAACUGGGAUGCCCUCAGCCAGAUGAUUGCGUUAUACAUCAACUCGCAGACCCCCGGUAUCAACACGGGUACCAAGCCUAUCCGUGGUUUUGUCCAGCGUCUCAAGGGCAAGCAGGGUCGUUUCCGUGGUAACCUUUCGGGAAAGCGUGUCGACUUUUCUGGUCGUACAGUCAUUGGUCCCGACCCGAACCUUCGCAUCGACGAGGUCGCUGUUCCCGAGAAGAUUGCCGUCAAGCUGUCAUACCCGGAGCGUGUCACCAGCUACAACAUCGAGGCGAUGAGGAAGGCCGUUGUCAACGGUUCUCGCAUGCACCCAGGAGCAAACAUUAUCGAAACCGGACGGGGUCCGUACCCACGACGCUCGCUGCAGCCGAUCAAGGACAUUGAAAGGAGGAAGGAGAUGGCCAGAAACCUCGUGAUUGGUGACAUUGUCCACCGCCACCUUCGUGACGGAGAUAUUGUCCUCUUCAACCGUCAGCCUAGUUUGCACAAGAUUUCCAUCAUGUGCCACCGUGUCCGUGUCCGUCCUUGGCGUACCUUCCGUCUCAACGAGUGUGUCUGCAACCCCUACAAUGCCGAUUUCGACGGUGACGAGAUGAACCUGCACGUCCCGCAGACAGAAGAAGCCCGUACCGAGGCACUGGAGCUCAUGUCCGUCAAGAAGAACCUGGUCACUCCUCGUAACGGAGAACCGAUCGUUGCUGCCAUCCAGGACUUCAUCACAGCAUCGUACCUGCUCUCUCGCCGCGACCGCUUGUUGGAUAGGCAGCAGUUCACUCAGAUUUGUUCCUACCUCGGCGACGGUAUUCUCGACAUCGACCUUCCUCCCCCGACCAUCUGGAAGCCAGUCAGACUGUGGACCGGCAAGCAAGUGUACAACCUCCUAAUGCGUCCCAACAAGAAGUCCAAGGUACUCGUCAACCUGGAAGCCAAGUGCCGUACCUUUAUCGAGCCUGCAAAGUCGGACAAUUACAUCAAAGACAUGUCGCCAAACGACGGCUACCUGGUCAUCGUCAACAGUGAAAUCAUGUGCGGUGUGUUUGACAAGAACACUGUUGGUGACGGCAAGAAGAACUCGGUGUUUGGUGUCAUUCUUCGCGACUAUGGCUCCAACGAGGCUGCACUAGCAAUGACACGCUUGGCCAAGCUCUCGGCACGCUGGCUCGCCAACCAGGGCUUCUCCCUCGGUAUCAACGACGUCAUCCCCGGCGAGAUGCUCUCCAACGGCAAGGAUAGCAUGGUCGAAGAGGCAUACAGCAAGUGCGACGAGAACAUUGAAUUGGCCAAGAGGGGAAAGCUCCAGAACGCCCCUGGAUGCGACCAGGAAACGACACUAGAGCAGACAAUCUCUGGUCUCCUGUCGCAGGUCCGAGAGGCUGUCGGUGAGACGUGUAUGAAAGAACUCAGUCGUCACAACGCCCCAUUAAUCAUGGCUACUUGUGGUUCCAAGGGUUCUAAGAUCAACGUCGCUCAGAUGGUUGCCUGUGUCGGACAGCAGAUUAUUGCUGGUAACCGUGUGCCCAAUGGCUUCCAGGACCGCUCAUUGCCUCACUUCAAGAAGAAGAGCAAGAACCCUCCUUCCAAGGGUUUCGUGCGCAACAGUUUCUUCUCUGGUCUCACGCCCACCGAGUUCCUGUUCCACGCCAUCUCUGGUCGUGAAGGUCUGGUCGACACUGCAGUCAAGACUGCCGAGACCGGUUACAUGGCUCGUCGUCUCAUGAAGGCGCUCGAGGACCUGUCGACGCAGUACGAUCUCAGUGUUCGCAACUCUGUCGGCGGUGUCGUCCAGUUCGAGUACGGAGACGACUCGCUCGACCCGGCCUGCUUGGAAGGUGACGCCACACCAGUCGAGUACGUGCGCUCCUGGUCUCACGCCAUGAGCACGGCGUCGAGCGCCGGCCACACCCUCUACCCCUACGAGAUCCAGCAGAUCGCCAGGCACAUCUACCCCGAGAUUGCAUUGGAGGAAGCGGCAGAGGCCAAGCCUCAACGUCGUGGCAAAAAGUUUGUCGAGCCCCCCAAGCCUGUUAUCGAGGUGCCGCGCGAGUGGCAGCAGGUUCACGUCAAGUUCCGCGAGAACACGUACAAGUUUGUCGUCGACCACGUCGUCAAGACAAUGGCUGCGCAGCGCGAGGCUCGUGGCGUUCCAGCUGCCGACACGGCCGAGAGCAUGGAGGAGUACGAGGAGCUGCUCGAGUCUGAUGACUUCAAAAUCAGACAGGUCCUUGACAAUGCUCACAAGGUCACCGAGGCUCAAAUCCGAUCCUUCCUGGAGAACUGUCGUGUCCGUUACCUCCUGGCCAAGAUUGAGCCUGGAUCGACUGUUGGUGCCGUCGGUGCCCAGUCUAUUGGAGAACCCGGAACGCAGAUGACGCUCAAGACUUUCCAUUUCGCCGGUGUCGCUUCCAUGAACGUCACACUCGGUGUGCCCCGUAUCAAGGAGAUUAUCAACGCGGCCAAGGUCAUCUCCACGCCCAUUAUCACUGUGGAGCUCGAGAAGCCAGAGGAUGAGACGGUCGCCCGAAUCGUCAAGGGCCGUAUCGAGAAGACCACUCUCGGUGAGAUCGCCUCAAUCAUUGAGGAGGCCUGGACCGGUGGUGGUGCCUUCCUCGAAGUCCACAUCGAUGUCGAUGCCAUUCAGAAGCUUCAGCUGGAAAUCACGCUCGACUCUAUCAAGCAUUCGCUUGUGCUUGCGCCCAAGCUCAAGAUCAAGGACAGCGACGUCACGAUUAACUCGCGCAAGUCUCGUCUCAAGAUCUACAUCAAUGACAUGCGCGACGCCGACAAGUUUGACGGCGUCUACGAGCGCCUCAAGUUCCUGAAGCGCGCCAUCCCCAGUGUCCAGGUCAAGGGUCUGCCCGAGAUCAACCGUUCGGUCAUCACCAAGGACGAGAAGAGGAAGGAAGACCACAAGCUGCUCGUCACUGGUUACGGUCUGUGUGAGGUCAUGGGCACCGACGGUGUCAACGGCUACCUUACCAAGACCAACCACGUCAUGGAGACGUGCAAGGUGCUGGGUAUCGAAGCGGCCCGUCAGACCAUCUACAACGAGAUUCAGACGACCAUGCAGUCGCACGGCAUGAGCAUCGACCCGCGACACGUCAUGCUUCUCGGCGACGUCAUGACGUACAAGGGCGAAGUGCUCGGUAUCACUCGAUUCGGUGUCCAAAAGAUGAAGGACUCGGUCCUCAUGUUGGCAUCGUUUGAGAAGACGACCGACCACCUGUUUGACGCCUCUCUCUUCUCCAAGGUCGACGAGAUUGAAGGUGUCUCCGAGUGCAUCAUCAUGGGCACGCCGGCGCCCAACUGCGGUACUUCGAUCGCAUCGAUUGUCACGUCCGCGCCGUUCCUGCCAAAGCGCAAGCCUCUUGUCUUUGAGGACUCGUACAACCGGGGUCGCGAUCGCCUUGCGGGCGGCAGCGGCAUGGACAUCGACGCAUAG